AUGAAACUCCUCAGUUAUAUUUUGCUGUAUCGCCGGCUCCUUCUCGUAGUCUUAACUGUGUUGGGUUUACUGCCACUUCCUCUCAUUCUCCGCAAAAAGGAAGCAGAAUGUGCCUACACACUCUUUGUUGUGGCUGUAUUUUGGCUCACGGAGGCUUUGCCUCUGUCAGUAACAGCUUUACUGCCUGGUUUAAUGUUCCCUCUGUUUGGGAUCAUGUCUUCUACCAAGGUAGCAUCGGCUUAUUUCAAAGAGUUUCACCUGCUGCUAAUUGGAGUCAUCUGCUUAGCAACAUCAAUAGAAAAAUGGAAUUUGCACAAGAGGAUUGCUCUGAGAAUGGUGAUGAUGGUGGGUGUGAACCCGGCAUGGCUCACAUUGGGGUUCAUGAGCAGUACUGCCUUCCUGUCUAUGUGGCUUAGCAACACCUCUACUGCUGCCAUGGUGAUGCCCAUUGUGGAGGCUGUAGCACAGCAGAUCAUCAGUGCUGAAGCAGAAGCGGAGGCCACUCAGAUGACUAAUUUCCAAGGAGCUUCCAACCCCGGACUGGAAAUUGAUGAAACUGCUAUUGGGCAUGAAAUAAAUGAGAGUAAAGAGAAAACAAAAUCAGUUUCAGGAUACAGUAAUGAUGAUGCAGAAAAAAAUUCAAGCAAGACAGAGGUGGAAAAGAACUCAGGCACAGGAACCAAAUAUCGAACAAAGAAGGACCACAUGAUGUGCAAACUUAUGUGUUUAUGUAUUGCUUACUCUUCUACCAUUGGUGGACUAACAACGAUCACUGGGACCUCCACUAACUUAAUCUUUGCUGAGCAUUUCAAUGUACGCUACCCUGAAUGUCACUGCCUCAACUUUGGAUCAUGGUUUGUGUUUUCCUUCCCGGCUGCCAUUAUCAUUCUACUGUUGACCUGGAUCUGGCUCCAGUGGCUUUUCCUAGGAUUCAAUUUCAAAGAGAUGUUCAAAUGUGGCAAAACCAGAACAGCCAAAGAAAAAGCUUGUGCUAAUGUGAUUAAGGAAGAAUACCAAAAGCUUGGACCAAUGAGGUAUCAAGAAAUUGUGACCUUGGUGCUCUUCAUUAUAAUGGCCCUGCUGUGGUUUACCCGGGAGCCCGGGUUUAUUUCUGGUUGGUCUGUGCUUUUUUCACAGUACCCUGGUUAUGUUACAGAUUCAACUGUUGCCUUACUUGUAGGACUCCUAUUCUUUCUUAUCCCAGCUAAGAUAUUGACUAAAACUACACCUACAGGAAAAAUUGUUGCUUUUGAUUAUUCUCCAUUGAUUACUUGGAAAGAAUUCCAAACUUUCAUGCCCUGGGACAUAGCCAUUCUUGUUGGUGGAGGGUUUGCCCUGGCAGAUGGCUGUGAGGCCUCUGGACUAUCUAAGUGGAUAGGAGAUAAGUUAUCUCCCCUAGGUUCAUUACCAGUAUGGUUGAUAAUUUUGAUAUCCUCUCUGAUCGUCACAUCUUUGACAGAGGUAGCUAGCAAUCCAGCUACCAUUACCGUCCUCUUCCCAAUAUUAGCUCCACUGUCUGAAGCCAUUCACGUGAACCCUCUUUACAUUCUGCUGCCGGCUACUCUUUGCACUUCAUUUGCUUUUCUCCUACCAGUAGCAAACCCACCCAACGCCAUUGUGUUUUCAUAUGGCCAUCUCACAGUCGUUGACAUGGUUAAAGCUGGACUUGGUGUUAAUAUUGUGGGUGUUGCAGUGGUGAUGCUUGGCAUAUCCACCUGGAUGGUCCCCAUGUUUGACCUCUACACUUACCCUUCUUGGGCUCCUGUAAUUGGUAAUCAGACGAUACCAUGA